AAUUGAUAUAUUUAUGACGCAGUGUGAUAUUAAACUGUGAUACAAUCAAAUGCAGCUUUUUUUAGAUCUACUUUAAGAGAGAAAAGAGGAAGAAAUCUUAGGUUAUAUCGUGAUUAUUGUUGAAUUCAAAUUUAGCAAAAUGACGUCGAUAUUUUAUAUGCGAACUGGCUUUGCAGUAAAUCGAACAUUUCUUUUAUCCAAUAUUCUUGGGAGAAGUUACGUGACAUACAUUCAAGGUCAAUCCCCUGAACCUCGUGUGCGAGAAUACUUCUAUUAUAUUGAUCAUCAAGGCAUGUUGUUCCUGGAUGAUGUCCGCAUAAGGAAUUUCACUUCCUGCUUUAAAGACAAGAAAUUCCUGGCAUUCUUCUUCAAGCGUCUAAGGAAAAACAACACCGAACGUUACACAGAUGACUUUCCAUUCUUGUCAAUUUGUGGUGUAGAGAGAAAUUAUGUGAGAUGUGAUGAUUUGCCAUUGGUUUUUACGAAGGUGAUUCAAAAGUAUAACAUAGAAACUGGCGCAGAAGAGGACUGGUUCAGUUAUGCGCACACAGAUGAUUUAUUGACGGUGCAGUUCGAGCCACAAAGAUUAUUUAUGAACAUUAAAACCGGAAGAGUGUAUCAUCCUGCACCAGAGAAAAUGGGUGGGAUUGGUUUAGUGAGAUCUAAUCUAGCUAUUGAAUUCAGUGCUUCGUUCAACUUUGAAAACGGCGAAGGAAACGCACCGACACAUUUUGUGUGGAGAGACAAGCGAUACCAACUCGAUGCGGAAUGGUACAGAGACAAAUUGUCAUAAAUAGUGAAAUAAAAACAACGAAACUUUUAUAAUUCGUAAAUAUUUGCAAAACUAUAAAAAAGGAAUUUUUCAAUGAUCCAAGCGUCGAGACUUACUCAAAUAAGCUUUAAUGGUCACCUCAAUCGUCCAUCAAAAAAGCUAUUAAUAAAAAAUUUACAAACAAGCGUAGUUUGAAAUAAUCUGAAUAAAAUUAGGAAUUCUA